UUUAGAUUUGCAUGGAAAAAUAAGCUUGUAGUCUUCCAUGCAUUGACUACCCAGAUGGCGAGACGUCGAUUCAACGUCUAUUUUAAGUGUCGGGAUCAGUCGUUGAUACAUUUUCAAUGGGAAUUAGAACGUUGGAAUGAGAAUUAGAACGUUGGAAUGUGUUUGAUUCAUCAACAUGUAGGCUACCGUCGACCGAACAUAACGUUUGUUUUAGGGGCGGACUGGCCAUCGGGAGAACCCAUCAUUUCCCCUGUGGGCAGGCCAGGCCGUGUGCUGCCGAACGGCCGCGACCUUUGGCCAGAUUUCUCUUCUCAGUCAUCCUCUGGUUUGUUUAAACUUGUUUAAAGAAAUCGAAGUUCUGCACAUGCGGGUUUUCUACAUCGAGCCAAACGCUAGUGGAUGCGUCACUUGAGAAAGGGACAAAUCUUGUGGCAUUUUCUGCACUAAUGUUCACAAAGGUCCAACUGAGCACGGCAAAGGGAGGAACUCCUCAACAGAGCCUCAUCACAUCACUGAAUGAUCAAGUCGUUCUCAUCAUUGAUCACAGUUUUCCACCAUUGCAAGCGUACAUAGUGCAGACAAAAAAAAAACAGAUGUCAAUGGAAAAAACGUUGCCUGCACACUCACUGAUGCACACGAAUUACGCCAGAAUAAGUGCCUGCUGAUCAUUAAACCUCAAAUGGUCUUCUGUUUUACUGUGAGCCCCAGUUGAAGACUGUGGCAGGGCCAAUCAGUCAGGCCAAUCAAGCCUCCGAGAGGGAUGAAGGUAGACUGCGUACGGUGGUGCGACAGAGAGAGACGGUUUACGGCAACUGACCGACACAGAACUGGAAGAUGUGGUUGUAACCAUUGGUGCUUUGAGAAUCACUUGGAAUGUCCUUUGAACACAGAGGUUUGGAAUUCUUUCUUAAUUCUGAGCUGUCUGAGUGCGCUGAUGCCGAUGGCUGACAGUCAUGCAACGCAGACUCUGCAAGAGAUCCAGAGCGCACUACAUGAUACAGAACAUUUAUUCAGAAGGUCUGAUGCCCACAUGUACACACCAUAUAAUGAAAAUAUGACUGGGUGCACAAAUAAGUUUAUUGACUGUUAUCUGUUGGAGAUGAAUGUUCUCCUGCAUGAAGAAAACUUUACCGAUCAAAGCCUGAUAAGGAUAAAGCGUUAUAAAACCAAAUAUAUGGAAUAUAAAUGCUUUGAAAAAUAUCCAUGUGAAUUACAAGAACUCACCAAUUCCACAGUUUUCUAUCAAAGGAUGAAGGCAUUUCUCCAAAAACUGACUGCAGAAUGCGUAAAAAACUCGUAUGUACCUACAUGUGAUUAGAACAAGAUGUCAAAUAAGCUCAUUUGUAUCUACUAUCAUGUUCAAUUGUGCCAGUGUCUAUUAUUAUUUGUAUCAAUAUUUAUAUGUAGCAUUAUCCAAAUAUAUCUCAUGCUGUUUUCCAAUGAUUGCCUUGUUGUGAAUGUCUUCUAAAUGUACAGAGUUUUAAGUAAAUAUAUAAAUAGGUUAUGCAAAUAAAUUGCUAUAUAAAUAUUGUUUAAUGUUUUGAUGCAAGGAUAGGAUUUUAUAUCUCUAUAUUCUGCCAUUUUAUAUUCAAUAUCUUGUUACAUUAAAGCACUUUUUAUUAAAAGAAUGGAUUCAAAAGUUGAAAUGCUCAAUUGGAUCAUAUGUACGCUCACCAUUAGUGGUGGAUGAUCGAAUCUUAUAUCAUGCUAUUAUACAUUUUAUAUCACAUUUUUAGAGGAAUAAAUAUGCAUGUCAUUGAACUGUUCCCUUUUCCAAAGCUUCUUACCUGUUGCGUUGGUGCUGCGGGAUGCCUAAUCCAUAGUCAUGUUUAGCCAGUUUUUUGGAAUAUGGACAAAGUCUGGUUCAGUUUGCAGUUUUGGCCAAGAACCCGCCGACUUGGAUAGAAAGAGCAACCAGUCACGGCUCGUUCAUUUCCUUUGCUCUAAAAAUAAUCAUUGGCAUCUGCUUCUGUUGAAGCUGUUAGUCAGCGUUAUUUCAGUUUCAUUAAAAACAAAUCAUGUUUUUCCUCCUGAGACCUUUUAAUUUGCAACUAGUAGCAGCCCCUCAUAAACAAGUAAAAAAUAAUCUUAAUAACAUUUUGCCUAAAAAUGUAUGUCCACAUCUGUGGUCAGAGGGACUCAUUUUUGAAAUUGUCAAUAAUACCAAGUUAUAGAAAGUCCAUUUUUUUUUAACAAAUUGUUCAUUGUGUUUCCAGGAGUGCUGGUUAUUCAUGUUUUUUGAUGUUACAUCAGAAAUGAUCAUAAUUAAUUCUGAUUUAAGAAAUGUCCAGCAUCAUCCAAUCACUGCCAACCAUGUUCAAAUAAAAU